AUGUCUGCGGGGCCCGGAGAGACAACGUUGCUGGAGGAUAUUGAGACUCAGCAUCGAAACCUGAAGGACCUCGGCAAUGUGAAGGGAUACAUGCAGAUCCUGGAAAGGGCUUUGAGUUUGAGUGAGGCAGCGAUAUCGCAGAUCACCUCCCUCAAGCCUUCCGAGGUCAUCACACCAGCGUCUCUCGAGAAGUAUAGCACCCUACAGAACUAUGUCGCGCAGGUCGAUGAAUACUGCUCUUCCGUCGAGGACGCUUCCGGCCAGCAGAAGCUCCAUCUUGUGACCUUUCUGGAGGAGGUGCGCGAGAAAACUUGGUCCGACAUCAAGCAAACCAUGUCUACCGCGUUGUUGGACAUCGCGGAGCAGCUGAAGUGGCCGAUGGCGGUGGACUACGUUUCGGCCGACAAAGAAACCAGAAAGAAGUUCGAACACGCGUUCUACAAUCUGCUUCGGCUUCAGGACAUAGGGUUGAAGAUGCGGUCUUCACUUGGAGCGGAAAAGGCCGGCCUUUAUCCGUUGCAGGCGCUCGUACGACCGGUCGCACUACGCUUCAAGUACCAUUUCGAGGGUACCCGGCCAACAAAUCGACUUGACAAGCCCGAAUGGUACCUCACACAUGUUGCCAACGUUGCGCACGAGCAUCGGGUCUUCAUGGACACGGUCAUCCAAACCCUUUUGAAUGCGUCCGAGCAUCGGGACAUCAUCGCUUCGCGCGAAUUUACCUACUGCCUUCUGCCGCUAGCGCAGCGGAAGCUGAAGCGCACUAUACCCUUACUGCUGCAGCGGCCUUCCUUACUCGCACAUACCAUCUAUCAAACACUCAGCUUCGAUGCCACACUUGUCGAGCAGGGAUUCUCCCUCCUCGGGACGUCGGGCGCGUCUACUGUCGAAGACCCGGACCAGUGGGAGGGCGUGAGCGAGACGGUGCUCGGCACCAAGGAGUGGUUCGACGCCUGGAUGGAAGGCGAGAAGCGCUUCGCGGAAGACCAGUAUCACGACAUCAUCAGCGCGGCCGAUGCAUGGCAGAUUGCGGAUGACGAUGGUGAGGAAGGUCCGCGGGAGCACAAGGGAACGAACGCGGCGCGCCGGGUGAAGGCUCUCGUUGAGCAGAUUACCGGUACGCGGUGCUCCUUGGCUCCCCGAUCCCACCGCUACUCGCCGCUUCCCAACGCAGCACGGAAGACCCGCUUCCUAACUACGGUGCAGCUUCCCAUAUUGGACCACUUCCAGGGUCGGAUAUCUUCCUCACUGGAUGCUUUUGAGACUCUCUCCUCUGCGCUUCUGCGUGCGGUUCCGGGGGCCCUCAGCUUCGGCGGCAGAGAAGAUGGUGGUAUGAACGUCGACACGCAACGGCUCACAGCCGGGGUCGAGGGCGUGAAGAAGCUGGCGAAAGCGUGGCUUAGUGCGCGUUACCUCGAGGCUGCCCUGCAGGGCUGGGGCGAGGACUUGUUUUUCUUAGAGCUCUGGGCUGAGAUAAACCGUAACCCUGGACUGAAGGCUCGCGUCAAGGCCAGCACGCUGCUCCCUGAGCCAACGUCAAGCGAAGAUUCUACUCCAGAGAACACCAUAUUCGAUGCGCUCAUCGACGUAUACCGCAAGCUAGUGGAGCGCGCAGACGACAUGAUCGUGCUACAAGUCUCCAACGAAGUCCAAAACGCCCUCAAACCCCAUAUGCAGUGGCUGAACUCCCCCGAAAGCGCGCAGCAGGACGAGGAUGAGAUCGCCGUCUCGCAAACUUUGCUUCCCGCAAUAGCCCUGCUCAGCGCCCACCUAACCUUCCUACGUACGACACUCCCAACCGCCUCCGUGGCGGCUAUCUACCGGCGCAUCGCGUCCUCGAUUGCCGAGCACGUCCUGCAGCGCGCCAUCCUGUAUCGUGGCCGGCUUAGCUUGCAAGAGGGACGCCGCUGCGCCGCGGAGAAUGGACUAUGGCUCGAGACCUGUUUGGGCGCGCUUGGCGGGGCGCUUCCUCGUACGCGAGUGGAGGCGCCGUGGCUCAGAUUGCUGCAAGGCGGGCGACUUAUUGCGGCAGAGGGCCCAACGUGGGCGGAGGUCGUAGCAGCUACGUUCGGGCCGACGGACGACGUUCAGUGGCGCGAGGCUGUUGUGCAUGCUGUGGGGCUCGGAGAGAUGGACCGGGACGAGGUAGGAAGGGUGCUCAGACGGAGGGAGGACUUCCAAGCUUGA